CUUUGUCCUCCAGUGGCCCGGAGGCAGCUGUGCCGUCGUCACUUAGCGAGACUUCGGCGACCGGCGGGCGGGUGGGAGCGAGCGCUGAGCGGGCGCCGCGCACUGUGUGUGUGGGGGGGGCAGGAGCAGCCCGCGCGCCGCGUGAAGGGACUCGCACUUGCAAUAUGACUUUGGAGGAAUUCUCGGCUGCAGAGCAGAAGACCGAAAGGAUGGACACGGUGGGAGAUGCCCUGGAGGAAGUGCUCAGCAAGGCGCGGAGUCAGCGCACCAUCACCGUCGGCGUGUACGAGGCCGCCAAGCUUCUCAAUGUUGACCCCGACAACGUGGUACUGUGCCUGCUGGCUGCGGACGAGGACGACGACAGGGACGUGGCUCUGCAGAUCCAUUUCACCCUCAUCCAGGCGUUCUGCUGCGAGAACGACAUCAACAUCCUGCGGGUCAGCAACCCCGGCCGGCUAGCUGAGCUGCUGCUGCUGGAGACCGACGCGGGCCCGGCGGAGAGCGGGGGCGCCGCGCAGCCCCCUGACCUGCACUGCGUGCUGGUGACGAACCCACAUUCAUCACAAUGGAAGGAUCCUGCCUUAAGUCAACUUAUUUGCUUUUGCCGGGAAAGUCGCUACAUGGAUCAGUGGGUUCCAGUGAUUAAUCUCCCCGAACGGUGAUGGCAUCUGAAUGGAAAUAACUGAACCAAAUUGCACUGAAGUUUUGAAAUACCUUUGUAGUUACUCAAGCAGUUACUCCCUACGCUGAUGCAAGGAUUACAGAAACUGUUGUCAAGGGGCUGAGUGAGUUCAACUACAUGGGGGCUAGGAGGUGACUCUGCCCAUGGAGAGAGGUGAAAAUAAAGAAGGAAGCUGUGUGGAAACAGAAAUCUAAGUCAAAAGAGACAAAAACUACAAAGAACUGUGCAAGAAACAAAACUAUUAAUCUUGGAUGGCCGAGUUACAUUGAAAUAAGCCAAAUAUCGCUUUGUUGGAACCUUAAAUGUGUAGCAAUAGUUUGGGUUUUUUGUUUUGUUUUUGUUUUUCCGGUCUUUAUGCCCUCAAGUAAAAGCAAAGUGAAAAGGAUUAAUUGUAUUUUAAAGCCACAGGUUAAUGUAUUUUGAUGAGAUGUUAAAUUCUCAGAAGUUUUAUUAUAAAUCGUACUAAGUUAUUUUAUGACAUGAAAGGUUAUUUAUGAUGAAGUUUUUUGAAGCACAAUAUCUAAAAUAAACUGGUAUGGAAUAAUUGCAUCAUU